GCCCGGCGGGUAGCGGCUGGAAGGGAAGGGAAGGGAAGGAGCCCGGCUCGCCUUGCCCCGCUCCCUGCCCCGGCUGCUGCCGGGAGACUUGGGUCAGGAGACUCAAGUCCGACCGCGUUCGCUUGGAGGAGGAGGAGGAGGAGGAGGAGGAGGAGGGAAGAUGGGACUGACAUGCACGCUCCGGCAGCUGCCGAGGCAGCGUUUAAGCUUCGCGAUGAAUUAGCUCGGUCGCCGCUGCAGCGCGAAGACACUGGAAGAGACAAAGGAGCGGGGGGAGAGACGGGCGGGAUUUCCUGGAGCAGGAGCCGCGGGCUGUGGCAGAGGCUGGAGGGGCAGGGUUGGGGUUAUGAAAGCGCGGGGCAGCGCCAAGGCAGCCCCCUGCCCCGGCCCGCAGCCCCCUGCCCCGGCCCGCAGCCCCCGCCGGGGGCUUGUGUCGUCCUGUUGCCAGGAUUAAGCCUUUUGCGGUGCAGCGUGGAGAGUCUUUUGUUUGAGUUAAAUUCAGACCUCUUGAUAUGUCACCUGACAGUCUUGUGGUUUUGGAUGAAUAUGGCUCAUUGCUAUUAUUAACCUGAGUUGGCAGCCGGGCACAACAGGAGUUUAUUAGGGAUUUUGAAAAGUGGAACUGCUCGGGGGACAAAGAUGCUUCCCAGCUGGCCUUUGCCGGAGUUUGACCCAAGUCAGAUCCGACUGAUUGUGUAUCAGGACUGCGAGAGAAGAGGACGGAAUGUCUUAUUUGACUCCAGUGCUAAAAGAAAGAUAGAGGAUGUUUCCGUGUCGAAACUCUGCAGUGAUGCUCAAGUGAGAGUUUUUGGGAAAUGUUGCCAGCUGAAGCCUGGAGGAGACAGCUCUUCUUCUCUGGACAGCUCAAUUAAUUCAUCCUCCUCGUUCUCUGAUCCAAAAGAACAAUGUCCAAAAUACCAGGGUUCUCGGUGCUCCUCAGAUGCUAACAUGCUUGGAGAGAUGAUGUUUGGCUCUGUGGCCAUGAGCUACAAGGGCUCCACGUUGAAAAUUCACCAGAUCCGCUCACCUCCUCAGCUCAUGCUCAGCAAGGUUUUCACAGCUCGCACAGGAAGCAGCAUCUAUGGAAGCCUGAAUACGUUGCAGGACAGUCUUGAGUUCAUUAAUCAAGACAGCAAUACAUUAAAGCCUGACCACAGCACAAUUAUGAAUGGACUUCUUGGGAAUAUAGGUCUUUCACAGCUUUGCAGCCCCAGGCGGGCAUUCUCAGAGCAAGGUCCGCUCCGCCUGAUCCGGAGCGCCUCUUUCUUUGCAGUUCACAGCAACCCUAUGGAUAUGCCUGGGAGGGAGCAGAAUGAGGACAGGGACAGCGGCAUAGCGAGAUCGGCAUCUCUUAGCAGUCUGCUCAUCACUCCGUUUCCCUCCCCGGGCUCCUCGUUUAACAAAAGCUGUGCCAGCAGUUACCAGCGGCGUUGGCGUCGCAGCCAGACAACCAGCCUGGAGAACGGGGUCUUCCCUCGAUGGUCUAUGGAUGAAAGCUUUAACCUGUCAGAUGACAGCUCUGGUCCUAGCCCAGGGAUUGUUAGGAAGAAGAAGAUAGCAAUUGGAGUUAUUUUUUCACUCUCAAGAGAUGAAGAUGAAAACAACAAAUUUAAUGAGUUCUUCUUCUCACACUUUCCUCUCUUUGAGAGUCACAUGAACAAACUGAAGAGCGCAAUAGAACAGGCUAUGAAAAUGAGUCGCAGAUCAGCUGAUGCCAGUCAGCGCAGUUUGGCGUACACCAGAAUCGUGGAUGCCCUCAAUGAAUUCAGAACAACCAUUUGCAACCUCUACACGAUGCCACGGAUUGGGGAGCCUGUCUGGCUUACUAUGAUGUCAGGGACACCAGAGAAAAACCAGCUUUGCCAUCGCUUCAUGAAGGAAUUCACUUUCUUGAUGGAAAAUGCAUCUAAAAACCAGUUUUUACCAGCUUUGCUGACUGCAGUCCUGACUAACCACUUGGCCUGGGUUCCCACCGUCAUGCCGAACGGGCAGCCACCUAUAAGAAUCUUCCUGGAAAAGCAUUCUUCCCAGAGCGUGGACAUGCUGGCCAAAACUCACCCCUACAACCCCCUCUGGGCACAGCUUGGUGACCUGUAUGGGGCUAUAGGAUCACCAGUGAGAUUAGCAAAAACAGUUGUGGUUGGCAAAAGGCACGACCUGGUGCAGAGGUUGCUUUAUUUCCUUACUUACUUCAUCAGAUGCUCUGAGCUCCAAGAGACACAUCUUCUAGAAAACGGGGAGGAUGAAGCCAUCGUCAUGCCUGGAACUGUUAUAACUACCACGCUGGAGAAAGGAGAAGUAGAAGCAUCUGAGUAUGUGCUUGUUACAAUGCACAAGAACAGGGGCAACUUGCUCCCAACCGAGUCUGAGGAAAUGAGAACCUCCAGCUGCAGCUGUAGAUACUGCAAAUGCCCCGUUUCCCUUGCACAAAACAUAGAGGGUGCUUCACAGCAAGAGAGAGAAGAUGCUCAGAACACUCCUAAGGUGGAGCUGGAAUCUUCCUCAGAUGAGAACAGAACUAUUGUUCCUGAUGACUGCCAGGAAGAUCCUGCUGAUGUUAACCAACCCAGACCCUGCCUGGACACAAAACUGGAGACCGUGGUGUGCACAGGGUCAGCAUCGCCAGAAAAAUGUGUAGCGGCAGAACCUGGUUUGGAGCCCACAGCAAACAUGUGGGGCAGUGAGGAGUCACUGGAGCCAGGCACCCAGGCAGUCAGUGUCACCAGGUCACCUGGGAUUGCUGUGGAGAAGAAGCCACCAGAUAAGCUCUUCUGUGACACCUUUCCUUGCAGUGCUGCUGAAGCUCAGACAAAGGUGACUUUCCUCAUCGGAGACUCCAUGUCACCUGACUCAGACAUCGAGCUCAGAAGUCAGGCAGUAGUGGAACAAAUUGCCAGGCACCACAGCCCGCCAGCAGUGGAGGAAGGAGUGUCUGCUGAUCAGAUCUGUGAAGCUAAACAAACUGUUGAGGACCAAAAUAGAGACUCUGGGACAGCUGAACCCUUUCCUCAAGUUGCUAGUGAGCAUCCGAGCUGGAAUCCAAACCCGUACAGGGCUGAGAGCAUGAGUCUGUUUGAUGAGUAUUUUACUGAUGAGAGUUCGAUCGAAACCCGGACUAUUGAUGAUAUUCCAGGGCAAGCAGCUACAGACCUCCUUGCUCACAACAGUAGUUUAGAGUUUUCUAAAAAGCUGUGUCCAAAGGCUAGCAAACCGCCUAGCGAGUUCUGUAAAUUUAUGGACUCUGUUCGACAAGAGACCUACAAAAACUGCUUUAAUGAGCAGGACCAAAGAGAGAAAAUCUCUAUCCGUGUCCCCCAUGGGGACAGAGAAAACGUAGAGAAAAAGGUCGCCCCGGGAAUUGAUUGGGACAUUCCAAGAAAUGAGAGUUCAGACAGUGCCCUGGGUGACAGUGAAAGUGAGGAUACAGGUCAUGAGCUAAGCAGACCAAGCGGAAACUAUUAUGGGGGAGAGCAAGAGGACUGGGCAGAAGAAUAUGAGAUUCCUUUCCCUGGGUCAAAAUUAGUGGAAGUGAACUCUGUCCAGCCCAGCAUUGCCAAUUUUGGAAGAUCCUUACUAGGUGGCUACUGUUCAUCUUACGUCCCUGACUUUGUUUUGCAAGGAAUAGGAAGUGAUGAAAAGCUGAGGCACUGUUUGGUGUCAGAUUUGUCUCAUGCUGUGCAGCAUCCUGUUCUGGAUGAACCAAUUGCAGAAGCUGUCUGCAUUAUUGCAGACACGGACAAGUGGACGGUGCAAGUGGCCAGUAGCCAGAGAAGAAUGAUUGAUAAUAAGCUGGGAAAAGAAGUGUUAGUCUCGAGCCUCGUCUCCAACCUGCUUCAUUCCACUCUUCAGCUUUACAAGCAUAAUUUAUCUCCAAACUUUUGUGUCAUGCACCUGGAGGACCGGCUGCAGGAGCUCUAUUUCAAAAGCAAGAUGCUGUCCGAGUAUCUCAAGGGCCAGAUGAGAGUUCAUGUCAAGGAGCUGGGCGUGGUGCUGGGGAUCGAAUCCAGCGACCUCCCCUUGCUGGCAGCUGUAGCAAGCACUCACUCUCCCUACGUUGCGCAGAUCCUGCUUUAAAAUGCCAGAGGCCACAGACGUUGAGGUUUUUUUCCCCUCUGGAAACAAAGUGGAAGACAACUUGUUCUGGCUCUGUUCUCUUUGAAGCAAUUAAAACAAACUGCUCGUGGAGCUGCAGCACCUCCAUAUAUGACUGCACGUUAUGCAAACAGUUGGAGACUUUUCCUCUCCCACUCGGCUGUUUAUAAAAGAGGAUAAAGAAAGGAAAAAAGAAGAAAAAAAAAAAACUAGUAAGCCUGAGAAAAGUGAAGAUUUUAAGAAAAGCUGAAGAUCUGUGAUUUUUAUCAGCUUCUGCCACAGUGGCCACCUGUGAGUUACACUGGGGAGUGCGGGGAGGAACUGCUUGGAGAAGGAGGUGAUGCUGUUGCCAAUGACAAGCUGGAGAGGGAAGGAGCAGCUGGCUGCAGGCGGCGGCCUCGGAUCAGGACCUCGCCAAGGUCUGGGAUUCUCAAGCUGCGAUGAUUUGUAAACAACUUCUACUUUUUCAUGUCAUGGUCAAAUUCUGCAUACUUCCCAGAGGAAGAACAAGGGUUUGGGGGGUUUGGUUUGUUUUGUAAAAAGCUUAUUAAUGAUACUCUGCUCCAGAAUUUAUUUAUGAUCUUUCUCCCGGGCCGCGGGAAGGGCGGGGGGGCGCAGCAGGGCACGGGGAGGAGAGAGGAAGAGGCCAACAGACAAACUAGUGAUGGAGAUUCUCCUUUCUUGGGCAGAUGCUGUAACCAGUAUUAAAUGUUUAUAAUGUUUAAAUGUUGCUUUCUACUAAGUGAUGCUCUUCUUUCACAGUGUAAUCAAAACCUUAAAAGAACAUUGGCUGAAAUUUCCCCAGGAUGACAGGACUAUUACCUCUCACUUUUCUAUGGUCUGUAAUGUUCUUGCAACAUCAUAUUCUUUAUACAGCAGUCAGUCAGUCAGCUAUUGAGGUAAUGAACUAGAAAUAAUUGUACCAAAGCAUUGGGGAAAAAAAUGAAUAGACUAUUACCCUUAAUUGCUCAGGUAACUAAUUGAUACAUUUUUUAAAAGCAUUCUACAAAAAAUGAACAUUGAUGACACCAUAGUAGAGUAAUACCAGAAUUAUUUUUUGACAAGUACAUGUGAUGUAAGUGACUCUGAUCCCUUUUCUACUCACUUGUGUGAUUACCAGCAGGAAAUGUUGUUUAUUUUAUUCUCAGCAUUUCUCCUCUACUCAGCCAUCACUGCUUUGUCUUUGUAUAUACAAUAAUUGUAGGAACAGCUGAUGGACCCAAUCUGGUGUAAGUCAUGUAAAUACACAGUGGUAGGUGGAUGAUGUUUUCAAAGGCUCUACUACCUCAGUUUAACUGGACACUUCAUCAGAGGCUUUUCUUUGCAUAUUUGUCCUAGCAGCCAAUUAAUGUUGAUUUUUAGGUUCUGUUUUCAUUGAUUACAUGCAGUAUAUUGAGAUUCAUGGGUUAUCCACAGAAGCAGGAGAUACAUGUUCACUUGGUUGCUGAGCUCCACAAACAGUUCUAUAAAUAUGUUGUUCUGUAAUAAUCUUUUCAAUAGCGUAGCACGCCUGCUAUUGUUGUUUGCAGAGUUAUUUUAAAUACCAAUCUAUUUUAACCAUUUGAUAAAAACAAUAGGAGAGAUCCCUGCCCCACUGUUGUCAGUGACAAAACUCUCCUCCCUUCCUCUACCAGGGCCAGGGUUUCACCCAGAAUGUUUUUUCAGUGAUAUUUAAAAUGAGUAACUUAAGACUCAGUUCCAGGGAAGAUCUCCACAGCAACCCCACAGCCCUUUCCUCACAGGACUGAGUCUACAUUAGUAAGUAAACCAAACAGUAAUAUUGGCAGUGUCGUUUGAAACUCUUUUGUAUAUAAAAUCUAACGCUGACUGCUGCGGGGAAGAAACUUGUUUAAUAUGUGAUCUAAGGAUGUUUCUCCCCUGUUCUCCAAAUGUCCUUUCUUCACCACACAAUUAUAUUACAUCUGGCUUUUGGAACGAGCACAAAAUGUAGGGGCCCAGUUGUGUAAACAUAGUUUUAAUGAAAUAGAGGAUUGAGCUCAGAAUAUGUUUAACUCUUUACUAUGAUUGGUUGUGUAGCCAAUAGUUACAAUUCUGAACAUGAUAUGUGGAUGUGCAGUUGUGACCUGGUGAUGCUCGUGCUGGCUGAGGAGCCCCAAGGACAUGCUCCUGCCCUGGGUUUACCCCCAGGAUGGGCCUGAAUAGCCAGGGAGCACACACUGUGCUCCUGGCACCUCCCUGGGCUGUGCUAAUCGUGCAUCCUCACAAGAAACACUGUGUCCUCCUCCAUGUAGCCACUAUCAGGUGAAUCGUGGGUAUUGCUCGGAGAUGGAUUUGACCUGAGAGAGCCCCUUGCACAGCCUGGAGUGUUUGUUAACUUGAGAAGAAGGUGAUUGGCUGGUGGCAUCCUUCCCUGCUGCUCUGCUGAGCACAGCCCGUGAGCCCCUCUGGAAGCAGGUUCAGUCAGUCCCAGGUGAAGCAGCCCCAGAUGCAGCUCCCUGCUGGGCCGCCCGUCCCCGCAGCGCCCCGGGGCAGCGGUGGCUCCCAGGGCGGUGACACCCUCUGAGCAGUAUUGUGGUCAAAACACAACCAGAACCCUCCUGAGAUGGGAAGUUAUUCUGUCAGUUGACCUGUCGGGUACCUGGACAAUGUGGUACGUAUGUCUGCUUGUUAAAUAAAAGGGAUCUUUUGCAGGAGAACAGCAUCGACUUUUUAACAGAAAAUCGCAAUUUGUUUUACAUGAAUAGAAAAACUAACGUUUGGUUCCUUCUUUCCACUCUUCCCAAACUCCAGUAACAUGUCUUAAUUUUCUGGCUGAAAACUAAGUGUACUAGGCACAUGAAUUAGCAAAUUUGGUUUUCUUGCAAUUGGCAAACUCUGGGCUGCUAAGAACAAAAAAUAUUUAAAACCAGGAUUUUACACCUUGCGUAUGUUUUCCCUAUUAGUUGUUCUAGAUGUUUUAUGACAAUUUUUUUGCUUUCUCUAAAUUAUUUAGAUGGUGGUACUUGUAAAAUGCUGGGUAAAAUGUACAUACUUGUUAUCUCUUCUGUUUUUGUAUAUAUUUCCCAAGAUGUGCACUUGUAUUAUAAUAACCAUUCCCAAUUUUAGGGGAAAUUUGUGCAAUAAAUACAGUAUGUCAAUUUA